AUGGACGAAAAGCAAACGAACGACAAGAUAAAAGUUUUGAACGUCUUUCAGAAUGAAGAAAUAGCUGGGAACAGGGAAAAAAUGCACUACCCCAACAAGUUCGAAUUCGAGAAGGGAAUAAUCCGCAACGCAAUCGUGUCCACGAAUUCGAGCAAGUGUGUCAAACUGGAGGAAAGGGACAGGGAGAAGAAAAAUUGCAUCAUAUUUCGAGAACAAUGCGAGUACUGCUUGACGAAUUUUUCGAUAAGCGGCCACCUAAUUUUAACGAAAGAAUCGUUGCUCUUCGAACCAGACCUGAGAGACAAAAAUGUGAUAACCUACGGAUUUGGCACGUAUCAAAUUUUUAUUGAUUUGUAUGACAUUUACGAGUGCGCCCAUAUUGUGGUGCCCACGAAGGACACCUACCUGUGUAACAAUGAAGACACGUGUGGUUUUAUUCAAGUGCUGUUAAAAAGUAUUUACAAUCGAAUAUGCGACGAUGCCUCGCAAAAGAAAAACAGCACAGGCAACUGCUACAGUGGUAUGAAUAGCAACUCCAGCACGGAUGACUUGAAUAAGCAGAAAAGCAUUUCCUACUAUAAAUACAUCAGCAGGAGUUUGUCCUAUGUGUUCAAUUUAGCCCAACCGCUGGUUCAAAACGCGUCUUCUUUUAAGGAGGAAAAAAGUGACCACCUGUUUGGAGCAACAAACUAUUCCUCGGACGUUUCGAAGCAUUUCACAAGUGAUGAUCACCCGAGAAAGGAAGACGAAAAUGAUGACUUUAAAAAAAAAAAAAAAAAUAGCUUUCUAAAUUUUGACAUUUCCUCUCCAAAGAAUAACAUCGUGGAGCAUUUGCAAGACAGCGAUUUAAAGAUUUACCAAAAAAUUAACGAGGCGGAUUAUAGCACCGCAAUUCCCGCGCACCCAAAUAUAACUUAUAAGAAUAAUUUAAAUUUAGCCAACUCGGGGUAUUCUUUUAAGGAGGGUGAGGGGGGCAGUUCUAAUUCCGCUUUAUCGGGAAGGCCAAAGAGAGACGCCUUCAGCGUAGCUAAGGAGGCCCCUUCAAAGGAUGCCUCUUCAAAGGGGGGACUUUCACCCGUGGGCAACCCAGAAGCAGGGCCCCCCAACGUGGAAACACCAAACGGUAACUUCUCACAGACGGGUGGCACAACAGAGGGGGAGUCCAUAAAGAGAGAAGACACUGCCACCUUUGCGAGCGAGGCACAACGUUCAUGCUCGAAGACGCUGAAAAAUAUUUCCUUCGAGUUGCACCAUCAAACAUUGGGAAGUUCAUCCUCCGGGGGGAACUACAGCAAUACGUGUGGAGGCAUCCUUUGCACCGAUGGGAACCCGAUCCAGUGGGGAAACAAGGGACCCGGAGGAGAACCUGGGCAGAACCCCGAAGGGCAGAAAAAGGCGCAGAAAAAAUAUGAAGAGAAAAGUUUCAUACUGUUCAGAUUCUUUAACAACAAUAAGGCAUACGAAACGACAACAAAGAUAAUCAAAGAAAUUGACGAAGUGAGAAAAUCAGAAAACAAAAUAAAAAAAACAAUCACCUCGGUGCCAUUCACAUCAAACGAAUUGUUAAGGUGCAUCAUUGAACAGUCUUUGAUGGCCAAGGAAUCGAAGAAAAAAACACAGAGGGUUAACUCAGCCAGUGAUGCAAAAGAUUUAAAUUAUUUACCUUUAAUUCCCAAACUGGAGUACAUCAGCGGUGCAGUCAAAUUGUUAAGCAAAGAGAUGACCAAGCAGAUAAAUUAUUACCUCCCCCCGACACUGAGCAUCAAAAUUUGGAAAAUGGCCUUCUGCUCAAGUAUACACGGUGUGUCCUUCAAAACCCUCUAUAGGAGUGUCGCCAACAAAGGCAGCGUCAUCUUGUUAAUCUGCGAUAUGGAGAACGUGCUGUUCGGCUGCUUCCUCGACAAGCUACACUGCGAUAAUUGCUACUACGGGUCUGGGGAAAACUUUUUGUUUACCUUUAAAAGUGGGGAUAAAGCCCAGCAGGGAGGUAAAGAGAAAAAGGCAAAAGAGGAAGGUGAAGGUGAAGGUGAAGGUGAAGGUGAAGAUGAUGGCGAAGACGAGGGGCAUAAUAAGGGAGGCAGUUGCGCCUAUGACAAACGCAUCGACAGUUUUUACCCACUGGAGGAGAACGUUGAAAGGGUGAAGCGGAAGAACACCGCUUUAGACAUGAACGAGGGGAAGCUGGGAAAUAAUUUGAGGUCCACCAAUUCGCAGGAAAAGCUCGCCACUGAUUUUGAAGACAGCUUGAGGGACUCCGUUAAGGGGGAUGCCAGCCUGGAGGGCCCCUCGCCCGCGCCCCCCGAGUACAUGAAUAGGCUCAAAACGGAUAUACACGAUUUGGAUUGCGGCGAGGAUGAAGAGGCGGGCACCACCGUUGGCAACUGCAGUGGUGGCAACUGCAGUGGUGGUGUGUGUAGUGGUGGCACCUGCGGUGGUAACGAUAAGGGGGUGGCCCACGACAAGGAUGAGAACGCCACCCCUGAGGACUGUUACCACUACGAGGAAAACCGCGGCGCGCCGUCGGACGGUAUGCACUGCAGAACCAAAACGCUCAACGAGGAGAAGUACCACCAUUCAACCCCCCUCCCGGGGAAGAAGCAGCCCCCCAAGGGUGACAAACCCGGAGGUACCAAAACUGCGGAAACAAGCGAAAAAAAAAAAAAAAACCAAAGUGGCAAUGACAAUGCAGCCAUUAAGGUGUUCAACUGGACCACUCGAAACAAUUAUUUUGUCUACUCGGAUGAAAAAUCGAUAACGAUAGGCGGAGGGGACAACUGCUCGCUGCUCAUUAAUGACGACUUGUGCAAAGGGCAGACCAACAGGAGCAGCACAUACGAUAAUGACUUGCUGACCCACGACGAGGAGUUCGAAAUUCAGUUUUUGCAGCUUUGGGUGUUUGACGAUUCGUAG